AUGGGUGAACGUAGAAGACCUCACGCUGUUCUGUUUCCUUUCCCCGCGCAAGGGCAUAUAAACCCCAUGAUGCAGCUGGCCAAUAUGCUUGUUGAACAAGGAUUCAUUACUAGUUUCGUCAACACCGAUUACAACUAUUCUCGUAUUGCACAGGCCAACAAACAUAUCGGCUGCAAUGAUUUUGUUUGUGGGGAAGUUUCUAUUCGUUGGGUAGUCGUCCCAGACGGCCUUCCUCCUAGCGAUAAACGCACAGACGUUUCCACGUUGUGUCAUUUAGCAGAAACCGUCAUCGUCUCCUUCAUCGACAAACUGAUUGGGGAGAUGGAAGAGCAGGACCCUGAGCAAGCUAUCUGUUUGGUAAUGGACGGCAUGUUGUCCACCGCGUUAGAUGCAGCCAAAUGCCACCGAGUUCCAAUGGCUUCUCUCUGGACAUCACUCAUUGCCACCUAUGCCCUGCUCUAUGAUUUGCCUAAUCUAGUCUCCUCCUCUCUUCUCCCUUCAAAUGGAGUCCUCAAGGACUUUACGAUGGUGAAAUAUCUUCCCUCCAUGCCGCCUUUCUACUCUGCACACCUUCCUUGGGUUGUUGGAUUUGAUGAAACCCAGCAAGAGUUUCUCUUCCGCUUCAAUGAACGUUACAUGGAAAGAAACAGAGAGCUCAAAUGGGUGUUAUUUAAUUCUUUUUAUCAUUUGGAAGCCCCUAUAAUCGAUGACCUAAUCGCCCAAGGAGCUUCGAGUGUGGUGUACGUGUCCUUCGGAAGCCUGGUAAUAGUGAAGCAGAGACAGUUAGAAGAAUUUGCGCUUGGCUUGGAGGCCACCCAGAAACCGUUUCUGUGGGUUCUGCGUAGCGAUCUCAUGGACGGGUCAAGCGCUUUACUUCCUCCAGGAUUCAUGGAAGCCACCAAAGAUCGGGCAUAUUUUGUUUCAUGGUGUCCACAAAUGAAGGUUCUUUCUCAUCCUUUUGUUGCGUGUUUCAUCACUCACUGUGGAUGGAAUUUCGUAAUGGAAAGCAUCGCCUUUGGAGUGCCCAUGCUCUGCUGGCCUUACUUUACAUAUCAAUUUUUCAAUUGUGUUUAUGUGGUAGAUGUGUGGAGGAUUGGGCUGGCCUUGAAUAAAAACAGCGAUGGAAUAACUGAAAAGAAAGAAAUCGAGAUCGAGGUGAAGAGGGUGUUUGAAAAUGAUGAGAUGAAGGCAAGAGUUUUGAAAUUGAGCGAGGAAGCGAAAGACGCAGUCAUCAACACUAAAGGUUCGAAAGUUUCCAAGGAUAAGCCCUCUAUUGGAGAUAAGCCAAGCAAGAAGCCCAAGACAUAUUCUACCAAAUCUAGUAUGUAUGUCAAAGAGGUGGAGAAAGAAGUUACUAUUCAAGCUAUGAAUGAAAGUGAAAAAAAUCUUAAGGAAGCCAAAAGUGAGUUUAGGAGAAAAACUAGAAUCAAUAAGAUAAUUAUUGGAAAAUCAGAGGAAGUCAUGAAAGAAACUGAGACAAUCUUGAGGAAAGUAUUGCUCCAAAACCAAUAUGAGGUUAUUCCAAAAAGAGAUCAAGGUGAUGUUGCUAAAUCAUUUUCUCUAGAAGCUCCAGUGAUGCAAUCCUAUGAUGCAUAG